CAAGACCACACCACGGAGAACUAGAUAGAUCAUAUUCGUAUCAAUAAAAAAAUACGCAAGGAGAAUGGAAGAUAUGAAAACCAGGAGGACAGCUGACAUAGCUCCAGAUCACAACCUGGUUGUAAUCAAGAAGAAACUGAAGCUCACGAAACAUUGCGCAACUGUGGGAACAGCAUCACAACGGUUCAAAACAGCUUUCCAUAGAGAUACCGACAAACACAACGAAUUCAAGAUAACUCAACAACAGGUUCCAAGCCUUACGGGAUCUACUGAAGGAAGAAGAAACUACCAUGGAGGACAACUAAAAAUGAAUCAAAGAAACACUAGCUAUAACGUGUCAGGAUGUUCUGGGCCACAAGAAGCAUCAUCAUAAGGAAUGAAUUUCCAUAGAAACCCUGUACAAGAUUCAAGAAAGAAAAAACAAAAAUAUAUAAAGUAACACCAGCUGAGCACGAGCAGACAAUGUCAAGGCACAAGCUGAGUACACAGAAGCAAACAAGCACGUGAAGAAGAGCAUUCGAGCCGACAAGCAGAAAUACGUGGAAGAACUAGCAACGACAGC